UUGGGUCUUUGACUUCGAGUCGUGAGAGAGUCGUGAGUCAUUAGCGUCUGCCCUGUAAGAAAGCAGAAUGCAUUUUAGGGACUUUAACUACAAUUUUAGCUCCCUGAUUGCCUGUGUGGCAAACGGUGAUGUCUUCAGCGAAAGUGAAACCAGGGCCAAAUUUGAAUCCCUCUUCAGGACGUAUGACAAGGACAUCACUUUCCAGUAUUUUAAGAGCUUCAAACGUGUCCGAAUAAACUUCAGCAACCCCUUAUCCGCAGCUGACGCCAGGCUGCAGCUGCAUAAGACGGAGUUCCUGGGGAAGGAAAUGAAGCUGUACUUUGCUCAGACGUUACACAUAGGAAGCUCACACCUGGCUCCGCCCAAUCCAGACAAGCAGUUCCUCAUCUCUCCUCCCGCCUCUCCACCAGUUGGUUGGAAGCAAGUAGAAGACGCUACCCCAGUCAUAAAUUACGAUCUUUUAUAUGCUAUCUCCAAGCUGGGGCCAGGUGAGAAGUAUGAGCUGCAUGCAGCAACAGACACCACUCCCAGUGUGGUAGUCCACGUGUGUGAAAGCGACCAAGAGAAUGAAGAGGAGGAGGAGAUGGAGAGAAUGAAGAGACCCAAGCCAAAAAUUAUCCAGACGAGGAGGCCAGAGUACACGCCUAUCCACCUCAGCUGAGCUGGCUCACAGAUGGAGACGGCACAUUCUAAACCCCACUCAUGGGGAGGGAUCUUUUACUGUGCAGGUGGCUGGUCAUAGCUUUGGAGGUGACAGCCGUGACCACUGUGGCAGAAAUUCCAGUUCAUGUUGCUCAGAAGAGAAUCAAGGCUUUGUCUCCUUGUUCUGAUACUGCACCUCAGUCCAUGUCCGUGGCACCCAGGAAUGUCUUGGGCCAUUCACUGAGUUGGUGGUAAUCACACAAGGAUAUCUGGGGACAUCUCCAGAAAACUGAUAAUGGUAGUGUCUUGUACUCACUCUUUUCUAGGUUCUGUUUUUGCCAAGGACAGGUUGACUGGUGGCCCGGGGAAAAGAUUUCUGUUUCCAACCAGCAUUCAGGGUCCAGGCCCCACUGGUAGGCAGAGGCACCCCACAAAGCCACCAAGUGUCCAGUGCAGAAAGGUUAUGGGACAACCCCAGUGCCAUGUGGAAAUUGUACGUCUCAUUUUUCCCCUCGUGUUCUAACGUUCACGCAUGUAUGACUGGGUUCCAAGACUAACCUUUGCUCGUGUAUGAAUACACUGUUGUUUUCCGCCUUGGGAAGCUGGGGAGACAGGCACUGGAAAACUAUGGUCUUUCCUGGUCCCUGGCCUUCUCUGCAACAGCACCCAUACGUGGGGUCGCACCGGGAGAUGCCCACACGUCACCCUGUCCAGCGCACCAUGUCACCUGUGCUUUCUUGCACAAGUUGAUCUUGAGUUCCUGUGUAGAAUGUAGCUUAUACGAUGGCAGACACCAGUUUUGCUGUCAGGUGCCAGUGGGUGGGAAGUUGUAGGUUAGGUGUUUGGGUUCAGACAUCAGUUUCUAUUGUUUCUUUCAUGGAGUGGUUUAUAUGUGAAUUUCAGCCAAAAACCUCUUUGGGAACUGUUGAUUGAGACAGUUUUUCACCCCAUUGAAACAUGAAGAUAAACUUGUAAAUAAAGCCAAGAGCAUAUCUUAAUGCCUGUGGUGUACCUGGGUGAGAACAGAGGGUAGAAGGAGUCUCGAGCUCCCUGUGACUUGCGUGUGGUAGAAAUUACUGUCAUGUGUUUAACGGGAUGACUUUGGAGCAUGUGGAGUCAUAGCUGUGUGUUGCUAGAGGGACACAGUGCCUUUCUUUCCCCUUUCAUCCCAGAUGGACCGUGACCAUUUGGGACUUUCUCCUUUUGUAGUCACCACGUGUGUGUCUGGUAAAUAGGUAUUCUGUUUUGGUCUCACAGCACCAUUACAAGUCUGUCACUCUGAAAUAACCUAAUGCCAAUUAACAGUGCAUGCUUUGGGAGUUGGGAAGGCAGCUUCCUCUGGGGAGUGUAUUUGCUGACAUUGAGUUUUCCAUCAGUCCUCAAUGAGAAAUGGAUGGCGUGUUUGCCAAACCCUGUUCACAGCACUCAGGGGAGGGUGCCAGCAAGGUGGAGACCGGCCUCACAUUGCUGUUCUGAUUCCUACUUCAGUGCUUUGGAGCCGGAGAGGCCAACCUCAAGGGUAUUUUUUUAACCGCAUUCUGUAAUAAAUCAGCACAGCCUGCUCUCUGG